AUAUUUCUAAAGCCAACAAAACAAAACCCUAAGGCGCAGCUGCUCUCUGCUUACGAAGAAGCUCAGACUUUUAGGGUUUCUCCUUCGCAGCUGCAACAAUGGCGGUCGGGAAGAACAAGAGGAUCUCAAAGGGCAGGAAAGGAGGGAAGAAGAAGAUAGUUGACCCUUUCUCAAAGAAGGAUUGGUAUGACAUCAAGGCACCAUCUGUGUUCAGUGUCAGGAAUGUGGGGAAGACCCUUGUCUCCAGAACACAGGGUACUAAGAUUGCAUCUGAGGGGCUCAAACACAGAGUCUUUGAGAUUUCUCUAGCUGAUCUUCAAGGUGAUGAGGAUAACGCCUACAGGAAGAUCCGUCUCAGAGCCGAGGAUGUUCAGGGAAGAAACGUCCUCACCAACUUCUGGGGAAUGGACUUCACCACUGACAAGCUUAGGUCCUUGGUGAAGAAGUGGCAAACGCUUAUCGAGGCUCAUGUUGAUGUUAAAACCACUGAUAACUACACCCUCAGAUUGUUCUGUAUCGCCUUCACCAAGAGGCGGGCAAACCAAGUCAAGAGAACCUGCUAUGCUCAAUCCAGCCAAAUUCGCCAGAUCCGUAGAAAGAUGAGGGAAAUCAUGGUUAAGGAAGCUUCAUCAUGCGACUUGAAAGAGCUCGUGGCCAAGUUCAUCCCCGAGGCCAUUGGUAGGGAGAUAGAGAAGGCCACACAGAGCAUAUACCCUCUCCAGAACGUUUUCAUCAGGAAAGUCAAGAUUUUGAAGGCACCCAAAUUCGAUCUCGGCAAAUUGAUGGAGGUCCAUGGAGAUUACUCGGAGGACGUUGGCGUGAAGGUCGAGAGGCCGGCGGAUGAAUCCAUGGCGGAGGAGCCGACUGAGGUCAUCGGAGCUUGAGGAUGACGUCAUCGUUUUUUGUUUUUCUGGGAAUGUGAUAUUCUUGAUUUGGGAUUUUUUGAGAUUUGCUGUCAAUGACUUCUAAGUUUUGGGUUCGAAAGCCUGACCGCUCCGGCCCGCCCGUCCUGUGGCCCGAGGUCCGAAAGCUUGAAUUUUUAAUGGACUUAUAUUUUAAGGUUCGAGUCUUUAUUUUU